GAGGGGACGCUCGCGGCUUCUCUAAGUAAUGAGAAAGAGACGCGAAGAGAUGUCCGCCGUGCUGAACGCGUUCCUGCGCUGCGUCGCGUUCCUGCUGCCGCCCUCUUGGCUUCAGUUUUGCUGGUGGGUUGGGGAGGCGUCAUGGCCCAAUCCCAGAGCUCGAUUCAAACACACAAAGCCUCUUACAUAUGAGGAAGUAGCUGCUCAAGACGAACCCAAACCCGUCCCCUCUUCCUCCUCUGACAGCUCCGCGCCGUCUCCGUCUCCGUGGCGCAGAUUCUGGACGCUCUGGUCCGCCGUGGAGCGCGUCCUCUCGGCUCCCUUUGAUCUUCACACGCGCUUGGGAAGUUUGUGUUCGCCGUACCGCGUCGCCGCCGGUUCCCCAUCGAGCGCAGACGCCAGCGGAGCCGCGGAAGAGGAGGCGUUCACGGCGCAGACCAUGAGCUCCAGCACCGAGCAGCCGGACGCGGAGCCGCGGGAGAUCAGCGCUCCGGUGACCAUCACGGUGGCCAUCCAGGCUGCGGAGGACGAGGAGCCCGACGAGGAGCCUUCAUGCAGCACCAUCGAGCUCCAGACGGGCAGCGGCAGCGAGGACGAGAUCGGAAGACACGAUAAAUCCAGUGGCGCGGGGACCAGCGGCGGGGAGCUGGAGGAGGAGAGCUGGCAGCCUCCGGACCCAGAGCUCAUCCAGAAACUGGUGGCGCAGAUUGAAUAUUAUCUGUCGGAUGAGAACCUGGAGCACGACGCCUUCCUGCUCAAACACGUCCGCCGCAACAAACUGGGCUUCGUCAGCGUCAAGCUGCUCACCUCCUUCAAGAAGGUCAAGCACUUGACGCGGGACUGGAGAACCACGGCGUACGCCUUGCGUCACUCCGAGCUGCUGGAACUGAAUGAUGAGGGCCGUAAGGUGCGACGCAAGACGACCGUGCCGGUGUUCGCCAGCGAGUCUCUGCCGAGUCGCAUGCUGCUGCUGAGUGAACUCAAGCGCUGGCCGGAGCUGGGAGUCGCGCUCGGAGGCAACGGCGAUGCAGGGGCCACCCAGCAGGAGCGGCUGAUGGAGCUUCUGCUGAAAGCGUUCGGAAACUACGGCGCCAUUGCCUCCGUAAGGGUUCUCAAACCCGGGAAGGACUUGCCGGCUGAUCUGAAGAAGCUGAGUGGGCGUUACUCGCAGCUGGGAACGGAGGAGUGCGCCAUCGUGGAGUUCGAAGAAGUGGAGGCGGCGAUGAAAGCCCACGAGGCGGUCGGCGGAGACACAGGUGUGUCUUUGGGAUUGAAGGUAGUUCUAAUCGGCACCAAGCCUCCCAAGAAGAAGGUCCCGAAGGACCGGCCGCGGGACGAGGGAGUCGGCGGCUUGCGCAAGAGUCGCUCGCUCAACAGCCGCGUUCGGGAGUUGCAGUAUCAUGGCGACGACUCCGCCGCGAGCUCCUCGGAAACCGAAAGCAAUCCCACGUCGCCGCGCUUGGCUCGCAAGUCACGCUCCUGCAACAAGCUCAGCCCCACCAGCGCGGGUCCCAAUCAUCUCAGUCCAGUGGUGUCUCCGCGCUCCAGUCCCUGGAGCAGCCCACGAGCCAGUCCCAGCUCCCAGCGCAAGACGCACCACUCAGGGAAGUCUCCGCUGGCCAGCGAGGGCUGCUUGAGCCCUGAGCCGGGUCGCCGAUGGGCAGACUAUUCCUCGGACAGCAGCUUGACCCCUUUGGGAAGCCCGUGGGUCCAGCGGAGGAAGCAGGUGGCCAGUCAGGAGAGCAGCCCGGUGGGAAGCCCAAUGCUUGGAAGAAAGAUCCAGAAUGCGGAUGGGCUUCCUCCAGGUGUGGUUCGGCUCCCGAGGGGUCCGGACGGCACGCGAGGCUUUCACUCGACUCCCCCCUGCGACCGGGGCAAGACUGCGUCCACGCAAACCUGUCUUUAAAGACCGUCCCUCUUGUCUCCCGGACCCUCACACUCUCAUGACCAUCUCUGUAGGACUGGCCUGUCUUUCGUAAUACGUUUUUCUACAUGCUGUUUUUGUUAAUGUUUUAUACAUCUUAAUUUCUGGCUGAAUGAUGGCAUCACAAGGGAAGCUGUUCUGAAAGCGUUUAAGUUUUAAAUUCUCCCCGGUGUCUGACUCUCGUGUAAAUGGAUUCUAAUCUCAGUCUUUCUGGCGACGCCGUGAUCCCGGGAGCCCCGGCACUGGAAACAUAUUUAGUUUUAUUUGCUUUAACUUCUGUUUCGUUUCUCUUCAAACAUGCUUCUCAUUUUAGUGCUUUACAGAUCAGAUGGGAUCCGUUUUUUUGUUUCUCUGUUCUUCCGGUUAAGUCCUCUCCGUGAAAGUGUUUGAGGUUUCUGUCCCGAGCACAAAUGCCUGGUAUCUGCCUUCAAUCUGGUUUGAGGCAAUGCACAGUCUGCUUCCUUGCUGUACAAAUAAAUCACUACAAUCGCA